UUCUGAUCCCGCCAAUGUUAUCUCCACGUGUCAAAUAAAUAUUGGUCGCAGAGAUAUGCUUCAUCUAAACCAGAUAUCCUCCUAACCGUACGAUAAAAAUCCAACGGACCAGAAUAAACCUUAUCUCUCCAGUUUUAGAUCUCGUAUAAAUUCAAAGAACCCAAAACCAAACAAAAAGCACAAGCACUUAGCAGAGCAAAUGAAGAAGACGAAGCACACUGAGAAUUCACCGGCCAGAGAUCACCAAUAAGUGUUGUAGUUUCCGGUUACUUCGAAUAACCUUCAAUGGAGCUUCCGUUACUCUCGUAUGCUAGCUCCGCGUCGUUUUCACGGACAGGCUUAUGCUCUUCUUCUUCUUCCUCCUCAACUAGUAUCUAUGAGUUUCCGGAGAGAAGACGGAGUUUAAAAUUGAGAUUCAAUGGUGGAGAAAGGUCACGAAGCGUUAUAGCUUCCGCUGAACGGAGCAGUGAAGGGAUUGAGAAGACAACAGACACCGUCGGUGGCGGAGGAGGAGGAGGAGCAGGCAGAUUUGCUGGUACUGCCAUGGAGGUUACUACACUUGAUCGUGGUUUUGCUAACUCCACCACCGUUGAUUUUCCGAUCUGGGACAAAAUCGGCGCCGUCGUUAGACUUACUUAUGGAAUCGGAAUAUAUGGAGCAAUGGCUGUAGCAGGAAGAUUUAUAUGUUCAGUGACUGGAAUUGAUUCAUCUGGUGGAUUUGAUCCUUCUCUUGAUGCACUACUUGCUGGACUUGGCUAUGCAACACCACCAAUCAUGGCUCUUCUCUUCAUACUCGACGAUGAAGUUGUGAAGCUAUCACCGCAUGCUCGGGCCAUUAGAGAUGUGGAAGAUGAAGAACUAAGAAGCUUUUUCUUCGGAAUGUCCCCAUGGCAGUUUAUACUCAUUGUCGCGGCCAGUUCAAUAGGAGAAGAGCUCUUUUACCGUGUUGCUGUACAGGGUGCUCUGUCUGAUAUAUUCUUGAAAGGAACACAGUUGAUGACAGAUUCUAGAGGCAUGGCAUCUCUGACCGGAGUGUUUCCUCCAUUUGUCCCAUUUGCUGAAGUCUUUGCAGCUGUAAUCACCGCGACUCUCACAGGCUCUCUCUACUUUCUUGCUGCGUCUCCAAAAGACCCGACAUACAUAGUUGCCCCGGUUUUAAGGUCACGGCGAGAUGAUUUUAAGAAGCUUUUGUCAGCUUGGUAUGAGAAGAGACAGAUGAAGAAGAUUUACUCUCCACUCCUUGAAGGACUCUUAGCCCUCUAUCUCGGUAUUGAAUGGGUUCAGACGGAUAAUAUAUUAGCACCGAUGAUGACGCAUGGUAUAUACUCGGCGGUCAUAUUAGGGCAUGGGCUGUGGAAAAUUCACGAUCACCGGAGAAGGUUACGCCGGAGAAUCGAACACAUUAGAUCGGAGGCCACGGAUAAGUUGAUUUAAAUCAAAUAUAGAUGGUUUAAUUGGUUGGGGGGUGGAUUUGUGUGUAUUUUUUUGGUAUGGGGUCGUAUAGUGAUUAGGGAAAUUAGCUAGGACCUCUUCCAAUUAAUUAGAGAGCUACAUGAUACAGUAGAUAAUUAAUUACAUAUACGUACAUAUAUAAUAUUCCCUAAGAACUAAGAAGUAACUUUUUUCUUUCUCCUUUUUGCAACCUUUCUGUGGUUAUAUUGAUCCAACAACAUAUACAAAAAUUUGAGCAUUAUUUGGCGAUGGUACAUGCUUUAUUGACGAGAUACGCGUGACAAUGUCCAGUAGUGCAGUAGCACUGCAAUUACAAUAAUUUCCAUUGGGCCUUGUGCUUUGUGCCCUGCAUUUCCUUGAUAUGGGCCUUCAUUUUCAUUUGCUUGUGUCCAAACUAAAUUUCAACUUUAAAAUAUUUGAAUACAA